AUGGCUGAUAUUCUUCUUGAUUUGCUCGAUAAUCGGCAGGCUCUGGUGGCCGACUCGAACCCAACACCAAGAGCUGCCAAGUUAGCAUAUCUAACCCAUCUCGCCAACCAGAAACUGGAAUCACUGGCCUCAGCGGAGCCACAGUCUCUAGCCAAAUCAUCACAAUCACUUCUUCUUUCCCUCCAGGGCGUAUCGAAGCGAUCUCACAAAUCUGUCAUCGCCUCGGCGUCACACCAUGCCACUCUGGCCCGCGCACUGCCCACCCUUGUUGCAGAUACUGCAGAGUUACGCAAUGCAAUUCCCAGGCUCGAUUCAGAGGCUCUUCGCUUCUCAACCACUUACAGCAAGUCUGGUGAUAACGAGGAUUUAGCUGAGAGGAAACGUGCAUUGUUGUUACUUCGGAAUGUUGAGCGACUCGUCGACAUCCUCGAACUACCCACUCUACUUUCGUCAGCCAUCAGCACGGCCCCAGCUAACUACGCCUCAGCUUUGGACCUGAAUGCUCACAUACGGAGACUUCAUGGUUUAUACCCAGACUCCCCACUGGUUGAUUUGGUCUCUCGUCAGGCAGAUGAAGCCAUCAUCAAGAUGACGGCUGAUCUUAUCACGGCAUUGAAGUCACCCGGGCUCAAGCUUGCGGCCUCCCUUCGUACCGUUAGCUGGCUGAGAAGAGUUCUCCCAGAUAUCUCUUCCAUGAGUUCCGCCAGCCGCGACUCACAGGAACAUACACUUUCACUCCUUUUUCUCUGCUGCCGCGUGGCUACUUUGGAUGCUACCCUUGGGGCUCUGCAGCCUCUUCGCGAGCUAGCCGACGAAGAGAGGCACCGGCAGCAAGGGUCCAGCACCCAGUCUUGGUCUGGUGGUCAGCAGACUGAAAAGUACUUGAAGCGAUACGUCGAAAUUUUCCGCGAGCACAGUUUUGGUGUUGUGUCUAUGUUCAAGAGUAUAUUCCCCGGCACCGGGCUUCAAUCCAAUCAACCAGACGGUGGCGCAAAAGAUCCUUUUCAGCCUCUGCCAUCGACCCUUUCGACCUUUCCUCUCCACCUCGUUGAAAUGCUUUUGGAUACUCUCUCCGAAUACCUACCGAUUGUCAAGGACCAGGCCGCCCGUGAUAGCAUUUUGACCCAGGUUUUAUAUUGCUCGGGAAGUUUGGGUAGACUUGGAGGAGACUUCGGCAUAUUACUAGCUAGGCUCGGAGAUGAUCAAGAAGGUGUCACUAAACAGUCCGAAUGGGUCGACAUUGUCAAACGCCACCGUCUCUUAUCGGGCCGCCUUGAAUCCGUUGUUGGAGAUUAUAAGGUCCACGGGGCCAAACAAUGA